CGCUGAAGAACCUGACAAUACAGGGCUCUGGGUAUAGCUGAGAUAUCUCAACUCUGUAUGUGAGGCAGAUUUUAGGGUAUUAAUAACACAUCAUGGCCAACUCAGUCCAAUCAAUAAGUCAAUCCAAACAGCAGAAUACUGUUCAGUCGAAAAUAUUGUCAUUGUGCAAAGAUGGAGGUGAGUUAUUGAAUCGGGAUGACAUAACUGGAGCACUGACAGCAUUUAAGAAAGCCUUCAUUCUUUCAUGCAAGCUACCAGAAGAAAAAAUUCAGAAAGCAUGUUUAUUCAAUCUUGGUGCCACUUACAUUUGUGUUGGUAAACCAAAGAAAGCUCUGAAGUGUCUCAUAAAAUCCAAAAUUAGUGGGAUGGAAGAGAGAGAUGGUGACCUAUUUUUCAACAUAGGCGCUGCUUAUGAUGAAAUGAAAGAGUACGGCAAAGCUGUAAAGUUUUAUGAAAGGGCCAUCAAUGAGUAUGGUUAUGAUGAGCUCAAGAGCAUCGCAGAUGCCCUCAUCAAGCUGGGCUACUGUUUUGUCAUGACUGGAAACCUUUCUUCUGCUGCACAUUCAUUCAGACUCGCAGGUCAAUCAUAUCUAAGAAAUCAGAAAUUUGACGAUGCUGCUAUGGCCAUGAGAGAGGCGGCCAAAUACAUGAUAAACAGUCAAGCGUUCUCCCAGACUGAAGUGCUCCAGACAUUGGAUUCUUGUGUCGGGUCACUAAAAGGUGUAUCUGACCAACAACUGCUUGGAACACUCUAUAACCAUGUUGGUCUGCAUUAUGCUGAACUAAAAUAUUUUAGCCAGGCGGAAAAGUGUUUUACAGCAAGUUUGAACCUAUGCAAUGGAAAGCAAUUCUCUAUAAGAAAGAUGGCCGUAUUACUCCAAAACCUAGGAGCUGUUGACAAUGCUCUUUACCAAUAUGAAAAAUCACUCAGGAGCCACGCAGAAGCAGUAGAUAUGUACGGAUCAUUGGGAGACAGGAGUGCUCAAGGACAAUGUCUCAGUAACUUGGCAUUUGCCUAUAGCCAGCUGAAAAACUAUGAUUUGGCAGAGUUUUACUAUCAGCAAGCAUAUCAAGCAUUUGUGGAUGCAGGUGACCUUCUACGACAGAGUAUUGUCAGUGAAGGGUUGGGUGCUACCUAUUUUUGCCUUGGAAAUCUGGAUCAAGCUAUUCACCACUACAAGCAAGCACUGGCUCUGUCUGGAAAAUCAAAGGAAACAUCCGAUGUCAUGAGGGAGAGACUUGUAGAAAAACUUACAGACACCAUCGAAUAUAAAAUAUCUCAUCAACAAUCUGCAUUUUUGACUGACAGUGUUUCAAGGACAAGACCAGAUCUAUCUCCUAGCGACUGUGUUAAUGAUGCCUUCAAAUCAGUCACCUCCUAAUAUCAAGAAUCCUGGUCUCAAACUAAGACAGUUUAAAGAGUGACAUCACAAGUUCUGACAGCUCAAAUAAUGAGAAAGAGCUAAGAUGCAAGCAGAAAAUUCACUCACCGGCUUCAAAAGUUCAACAUUUUCAAAGUAAUGAGCAAGACAUUUCAGAAAGUGAAUCCAUAUCCCAGUCUAACACGCAAAAGAAAAAUUCACUGUCUGAAUUCGAAGACAUUCCAGAAGAAAAUGAGGGGCACUCAAACUACAAUACAGAUCCUAUAACCUCAUAUAAAGAAAGGGAAGAAGAGAAAGAUACUUCAGAAUACUCCUUUAACUAUCAGAGAAUCUCACCGUAUCAAAGAGUUGGACUGAUCAAACAGAAAACCAGGUACAUUUCACAAAAAUCUGGAGUUGAAAGCUAUGAUCAUAGCUCUAAAACCAUAAGAGAUUAUUAAUUCAGAAAUAUAUAUAACCCUCAUAUUGUGUUUGGCAUCUACUGGGUAACAGUGGAUUGUUUUACAUAUUGAUCAGACAU